AUGGCUAGCCAAAAUCCCAGCGACACGGCCGCCCCGGGCGCUGCCGCCCCUACAACCCUGCCCGAGCGCACUCAAACCCCCGCUGAUAACCAAGCGGGCGAGUCGAAGAACGCCGCGAAGAAGGCCGAAAAGGCCGCAAAGCUGGCUGCGGCCAAGGCUGAGAAGGCUGCGAAGCACAGUGGCUCUGGAAAGACUGAGGCCAAGAAGGCUCCCAAGAAGAAGGUGGAGGGUGCUGCUCUCAUCGGUAUUGAUGUGUCCAAGGAGGAAAACUUCUCGGACUGGUACCAGCAAAUUCUCACCAAAGGUGAUAUGCUGGACUACUAUGAUGUGUCAGGCUGCUUCAUCUUGAAGCCCGCUUCGUACUUCAUCUGGGAAGAAAUCCAAAACUUUUUCAACAAAAAGAUCAAGAAGCUGGGCGUGAAGAACUGCUCUUUCCCUCUGUUUGUCAGCGAGGAUGUGUUGCAGCGUGAGAAGGAUCACAUUGAGGGCUUCGCUGCUGAGGUCGCCUGGGUGACUCAUGCCGGAUCAACCCCUCUCGAGAAGAAGAUUGCUAUCCGUCCCACCUCGGAGACCGUUAUGUACCCAUACUACUCCAAGUGGAUUCGCAGCCACCGCGAUCUCCCCCUGAAAUUGAACCAGUGGAAUUCUGUCGUUCGCUGGGAAUUCUCCCAUGCCGUCCCAUUCCUCAGAACCCGUGAGUUCCUGUGGCAGGAGGGCCACACCGCCCAUCUGACCGAGAAUGCCGCGCGAGAGGAGGUACUUCAGAUUCUUGACUGGUACGCCGAUAUCUACUCGGAGCUCCUCGCUGUUCCGGUGGUCAAGGGCCAGAAGACCGAGAAGGAGAGGUUUGCUGGUGGUCUCUACACCACCACAGUCGAGGGUUACAUCGCCGCCACCGGCCGUGGUAUCCAGGGUGGUACCUCCCACGGCCUGGGACAGAACUUCAGCAAGAUGUUCAACAUCACCGUUGAGGACCCCUCCGCAAAGACUGCCGAGGAGAAGGAGCAGAAGGCCCCUCUGCACGUCUGGCAAAACUCUUGGGGCCUGUCGACCCGUUCACUGGGUGUCAUGGUCAUGGUUCACAGUGAUAACAAGGGUCUGGUCCUUCCUCCUCGUGUGGCUGAGAUCCAGGUCAUUAUUGUCCCUGUUGGUAUCACCGCUAAGAGUACCGAUGAGGACCGUGAAAAGCUCUAUGCUGAGGUGGACGGCCUUGUCGCCGUUCUCGAUGCCGCUGGCGUCCGUGUCGAGAGUGACAAGCGCGAGGGCUACUCGCCCGGUUGGAAGUUCAACCAGUGGGAGCUGCGCGGUGUUCCCCUCCGUCUGGAGUUCGGCCCUGGCGAGUCCGCUGGCCACUUCGUUACUACCGCCCGUCGUGACGUGCCCGGUAAAGACGGUAAAUCAACAAUCCCGAUAUCUGAACUGGCCACCGCUGUCCCGGUCCUCUUGGACACCAUUCACCAGGACCUCUACAACCGCGCGGAUGAGGUAUUCAAGUCCCACCGUAAGAUGAUCACAAACUGGGACGAGUUCAGCCCCGCCCUUGAUAACAAGGACCUCGCUCUGUCGCCAUUCUGCCUACUCCCUGCAUGUGAAACGCAAAUCAAGGAGAUGAGUGCCCGCAAAGCAGAGGAGAACACCGGAGUUGUGCAGGAUGCUAGGGCGCCCAGUAUGGGCGCGAAGUCACUGUGCAUUCCCUUCGAGCAGCCGGAGGGCAUCGAGCCCGGUGUUACGAAGUGCAUUAACCCCAAGUGCGACCGCUUUGCUGAGAAGUGGUGCAUGUUCGGCCGCUCCUACUAA